AUGACUGGGAAGAUUUUUGUCGUUACUGGAGCUAACAAAGGAAUUGGUUAUGGAAUUGUUCGUGGGUUGGCUCAGCAAUUAAAUGGGGCUAUAAUUUAUUUGACUGCCAGAAAUCCACAACUCGGAGUUGCGGCACUCCAAAAUUUAGAAAAAGAAUUGGGUGACAAAAAGAAAAGUCAAGUUAUCUUCCAUCAAUUGGAUAUAACAGACGAGAAUAGUUGCCAAAAAUUGGCUCAACAUUUGAAAGAAAAACAUGAUGGUUUAGAUGUUUUGAUAAAUAAUGCUGGCUUUGCUUUUAAACAAAAUGCUACAGAACAUCCGAGUAUUCAGGCAGAUAUAACUAUCGGAAUUAAUUAUUAUGGAACUAAAAAUAUUUGUAAUGCUUUAAUUCCUCUGAUUCGAAAAGGGGGGAGGUAAUAAAAAAUUAUUUUAAAUUUUGGUUUAGGGAAAAAUUUUUUGAAAGAAUAAUAGGAAUAAAUUCGCUAUGUUACAAAGCAAUAAAAAUUAUAGAGCACAGCAUGUUUGCGUCCCAAAGAAAUUCCGGAUAUCUCGAGAUAUCUAUAUCGAAGGUUCUGAUAUCUUAGCUUUUCGUUACUGAUACACGAAACCCGCCAACCUUGGUAUGCAAAACCCGGAAUAAUAUAACGCAAAAUAAUAAUGGUACUAUAAAUUAAAUUAAAAAAAUUAAUAUUAUUGUUCCUUAACAUAGCAAUUUACAUAAAAGUUUAAUAUUGUCUUUUUAUGGCAAUUUGGAAUGAAUUUGAGUUUGGGCUGGAAAAUCUCCGAAUUUAAUAUCCGCAGAUUAACUUUGCAUUAUGGUAGUGAAGGAUGUUCGGUGAGAGUUGGGGGCCUAAUAAUAAUCAUUUUAAGAUAACGAUUAUUAUCAUUAUCGUGGAGUUCACCCUUUCUAAUGUAAAUAUUUAGAGUCGUUAAUGUU